GAUGUAUUUUCACAUCUCUAUAUUGAGUAGAAAUACAAACUUUAAGUAAAUCAAUACGAAUCCCGAAUCCCGGAAUAAAUGCGCAACGGUCACGGUUACGGCGCGAGAAAAUGCAGUGCUAAUUUAGCGUAAGCAUCGCGGCAACGCAGUUCAUAAAGUGCAAAGAAAAAUUUUCGGGUGCCAAAGAAUCUACACACACCAGCGCACACACACUGUUAAAUCCUAAAAAGCCGGCUCAGCAGGAGGCGAAAAACGUUUUCCAAACGCAUCACAUGUAAAUGAGAUGCCGUCGCGUCGGCAGCAGAGGCAGCAGCAAGCAAAACCACGCCGACAUCGCCAUCGAUGCCACCAGGAACAUCAGGAGCGCCAGCAUCUGAUUAUUGAGUGAAGAGUGAGUGCCGUGUGUAGUGAGGAGAGUGGAGAGUAGCGCGCAACGAGUGAAGGCGAAUCGGUCCGUUCGACAAUUGAUAAGUGGAUUAGUGAAAAGUAGCUGCAGCACAGGAGACAACGCACUGAUCUAGCGGAGGCGGGAGGCGAGGCACACGCCGGGUAUUCAAGAUGAAGCGACGCAACGCGGACUGUGGCAAGCUGCGACGGCCGAUGAAGCGCAACAAAAUCACAGAGGGCAUGUACGGCAGCACAACUGUCCUGUACAUGAAGUUUUUGAUACUUUGGGCCAUUGUAAUGGUUGCCGAUUUCAUGUUCAUGUUCCGCUUUGAGUACUUGUGGCCAUUCUGGCUACUCCUUCGCUCCGUGCACGAUUCCUUCAAGUACAAGGGCCUGGCAUUUUCCGUGCUGUUCGUGUGCAUAGCGAUAACGUCGGAUCUGGUCUGUUUGUUCUUCAUACCCGUUCACUGGCUGCUCUUCGUGGCCAGCACCUAUGUCUGGGUGCAGUACGUCUGGCAUACAGAUAAGGGCAUCUGUCUGCCGACCAUAAUACUCUGGAUGUUGUUUGUCUAUCUUGAGGUUGGCAUACGAUGGAAGGACAGUCGCCACAUGCCGCACUUGGAUCUCUGCCGGCCGUUCGCAGCGCAUUGCAUUGGCUAUCCGGUUGUAACGCUCGGAUUUGGCUUCAAAAGCUAUGUGGGCUACCGUAUGCGUCAGCGCAAGCAGCGAGAGGUGGCCAAGGACAACGAGUUUUACAUGCAGUUAUUGCAGCAGGCGCUGCCCGCCGAAGAGGCCACUGAGGAGGCGACAGGAGCGGGAGCGCCAACGCCACCCAGCACCGUCGUGGUGGCCAACGGUUCGGCCACAACGCCGGCUUUGGUCGCAUCCGCAACCGCAGCAUCUGCGGCGGCGAACGGCAUUCUGGCCACUGCCACGCAAGCACAAAACCAUCAUGAGCAUCAUCACAGCGGCGGCGCCGGCGCCAGCAGCAGCUCGAGCAAUAGUAAUCAUCAUCAUCACCACCAUCAUAGUAACAGCAGUGGCAGCAGCAGCCACAACAAUAACAAUGGCAGCGCAGGAGGAAAGGACAGCAGUUCGAAUGACAGCGCAACGGUCGCAUCGUCACCGACGUCUUCCGCUGCAGGGGCAGCGUCAGGUGCGUCAGCGGCUGCGUCCACGGGCUAUGUCACGGCGUCGUCAGCGGGAAAGCAGUCCUUGUCGUCGUCGGCGGCAUCGUCAGCAGCCAGCGCGGCCACAACAGGUGCAGCAAUUACUACUUGUUCCACUUCCGUCUCAGCUCUUUCUGCCGCUAUGACUGCGAAUUUAGCGACACAGCAGCACUAUCAGCAACAACAGCAGUCGGGGGCGGCAGCAUUCCCAUCUUCUUCUGCUUCUUACUCUUCUUCCGCCUCCUCCUCUUCUGACGGUGUCGAUGCUGACGGUUGUUGUGGUGCCACCUCCAAUGGUCACGCCGGUGGUUCAAGGAACCAUCGACGCAGCAUGGACAAGGAUAACAAGCAUCGCAACAACAAGGGCGACGCCGCUGCUGAUAAUGAGCACAACAAUGGGUCGCGGCAUGGGGGUAAAAAUAGCAGCAACAACUAUUCCCAGGCCGAUGGUGGCGCUGCCACAGCAACCACAAGCGCCACAUCAACUAAUAGUAAGGAUAAGGAUAAGGAGAAGUCAGACUGGGAUAGUAGUGGCAGCAACUAUCCACAACAGCAGCAGGGCGGGAAGGAAAACAAGCACGAUAAAAAGGCGGGCCAUGCGACGGUACCCAAUGGAAGUGCUAAUCAUAUAGAGGCCGACGAGACGGGCAGUGCGGAGCCAGCAGCUCCGGCUGAAAAGGCGCCCAAAGGGCGACGCAAUCGCGGCAAAAAGGAUAACAACGCAGCAAAGGACAAUCACAGCCAUCAGCAUCAGCUGGCUCAACAGCAGCAAAAGGAUAAGGACAAGGAAAACACAGCCAACAACAACAACGAUGCCAGCUCGGUAUCCUCAUCGGCCAGUUCCACCUCGAGCAACAACGCCAUCGCGCACAUUGCCAGCAAGGUUGUAUCCAAGAUCUGUGAAACUUGCCUCAAAUUGGAGGCCGAUGUGAAGAAGUAUCGCGCCGAAAUCAGCCAUAUGAAGCAAAUCGAAAACGAGCUGCGCCAGAAGCUGGACGCCAAUCUGACCAGCAAGUCAUCGCUGCAGGCCAAACAGAAGGAGUGCGACGAGCUGGAGAAACGGAUCCAGGAGCUGAACAAUGCGCGACACUCGGACAUGUUGAACCUGCAGACGGUGGAGAGGCGACUAAACGAAGAGCGCCGGCAGAAGCAAUCCCUCGAUGCUCAACUGGCCAACGAGAAGAAGGCGCGCAAGGUGGCCGAGGAGAAGGCAGCACGUCCCGAGUGCAGUGCCCAAUGCAAGCAAAGGCGCCAGCAGAUGGACGAGGAACAGAAGCGGCUGCGUGGCGAGCUGAAGCAGACUGAGGAGGCCAAACAGUUGGCUGUGGAACACGGACGGAAAUAUGAACAAGAGUAUCGCAUGCUGGAGGCGAAGCUUCGAAGCCGUGAAUCGUCGCAGACCGAAUCCGAGAUGCUGCUGAAUGCCAUUGCCGCCAUGCAGGACAAGAAUGCAACGCUCGAGAAGAAUCUAUCCGCAGAGACGAGAGUCAAGCUGGACUUGUUCUCGGCUCUGGGCGCUGCCAAGCGCCAGAUCGAAAUAUCUGACAACCAUCGUCGCUCCAAAGAGGAGGAGGUCAUUGAUCUCAAGGCCAAGAUUGCCCAACUGCUGGCCGUGAUGCCGGACAAUUUGUGCAUGAACACUGGCCCACAUGGACCGGCCAGUAGCAUUCUGCGCAUGAAUGACACGCCACCACUGCAGUCGGGUCCCGGACCGUCCUCGCCCAUGCUCAGCCUGAGCGCUGCCGCCCAGGAGUAUCAGCAGCAUCAGCAGCAACAGCAUCAACAACAUCAGCAGCACCAGCAGCAUCAGCAACAGCAGCAUCAGCAACAGCAGCAGCAUCAGCAACAACAGCAUCAGCAACAGCAGCAGCAUCAACAGCAGCAGCAGCAUCAUAUUGCCGUCUCCCAGCAGCGCCUGGAUCCCAAUGCCAGUGUCUACACGCCCAAGACUGGCAAUAUGAUGGUGGUGUCGCCGGUGGGCAUGAACCCAAACGGAACGGAUGCCUGACGCCAACAGCAGUCCUCGUCGCAGUCGUCGUCGUCGUCGUCCUCGCACCUGCAUCUGAGACGACAAGUUUGAGAUUAUUAUACUUUAUAUUAAUUAGGGAAAACAACAACCACAAACAGCCGUCGCCACAGCAAACGAUGAGCAGCAGCAGCAGUUUGCUACCAAUAUCUGAAUGUCCGUAAUAUACAUAAGCAGUCUCUCCUUUCAAAUUUCAAGAGCACUGAAUGCAGGCCCCAAAAAUUUCUAAACAAUUCCCGUUGUACGUUGUACGUUUUACGUUCUACGUCUUACGUUUUACGUUUCAAGAGUUUCCUAAUUUUCAUUUCCGCAAUAAAUUUGGCAUUCCAAUAGAAAUGUAUCUUGAAGAAGGCCUCGCUCCGAUUGUUUUGAGUCGGCUGCCUCGCCACCACCCGACACCACACCACAUACACACACACAUUCAGUAUCUCUCCCUUCUAUCACGAAAAGUAAAAGAUUACUUUAACAAGAUGAUUUGAAAACUUGAAUCACGAAACACAAAUUUCUAAAAAUAAUAACAAAUUGAAAAUGGCGAUUCGUAUUUUUAAUUGAACAAGUGCGAGAGAGGAGAAACUUCCGGAAUCCUAUGUUCUUCAUUAUUUUACCAAACGCUGUGAGAGAGUUGGACCAACCUUAGUGAUGGCCUUUGAUCUGGGGGGGAUUCUCCCGCCCGACUCAAUGGAAUAUAUAUUUUUGAAGUCUGCGCCCUUGAUUUAUUAUCUCAUUAAAUUAUUUUUGUUAUAAAACCUUAAAUGUAUGCUAUAAUUUAGAGCCUAUCACUUUUGAAAAAACAACAAGCUGCUAACGAAACGAGUUUCUUUUUAAGUUUUAAUUUAUUUUUGUUUAGUUUUGCUGUUCCUAAGAAAAAAGAAAAAAAUCGAAAAGAAGUAAGAGAAAAAAGCUUAAGUUUAUUUACGAAAAGCGAGAAGCGACGACUAUUUUGUUUAAUAAUAAAAGAACAACAACUUUUGGCUGCGCGAAGCAAGCACCUUUAA